UCACGAUGUUGAGCUCGGUGUACUUAAAGUCGCUGCUUUUUCCAAAGCGUUUUUUUAUGAGGAAACACUUAUGAUGGCGCGCAUGGCUCACUUCUUGUCAGUAGUACUUCUGCUUAUACGCCUCUCACGUCCUGGAAGUACCGAUGAUCCCGGAGAUACAAAAGUUCCCUUUGAAGAAGAUCCACAGUAUGAUUGCUACCAGUAUGCCAAACAGGUAAUGGACAUUAAAGGGAAGAUCUACGUUAUGAAACAAAAUUUCAAUGCCACACCUCCACCGUUGUGUGAUAGCGCCGAGGUUGUGGAGAAAAUUAAUGACACGUAUUACGUUGUUACUUUAGCAGCGAUAGUUCCAAUGCUGAAGUUAAAUAAUACACUAGUGAAGUUCAACACGUCAUUUGCUCUGUCUAAAACUGGAAACCACUCGCAGGAGAACGCUAUGACAUAUAAGUAUACAACUACGGAUAUGCCGAAGCUUAGAAAACUGAUGUACCUGUCACCAAAUAAAACUUGCAUGAUUUUUGUCGAUGACCGAAAUUCAACUGACCCAGCACGGUGUCAGUUACUCAUGCCAAGAGAGCACGCCAACAAUUCUAUUCCUAGCGAUUGUCAGACGGUAUACAACAGCAGCUGCAGUGGAGAUCUUCAAUUGACGGUUUACCAGCCAUGGUGUCAAAACCUGCCUGAAAUAUCCGUGCAAGAGUUACUGAAGAGACUUAAUACUACACCUCCUGCUGAUAAUUGUUGAUUUAAAUGCGACAGAGAACACUAAGAGGCGCAUCAUCUUAUGUUGAAAAAAUUUUGAGAAAAAUAAACACUUUAAAGUGAAUCUCAUUCCUUACU